AUGAAGCUUCAGAAUGCCUUCUCCCUGGCCGCUGUGGUCGGGGUUGCCACAUCUCACACCAUCUUCACGCAAUUGACUGCUGGAGGUGUUACCAAUGGCCUUGGUGUUGGAAUACGAAUGCCUUCUUAUGAUGGGCCUAUUACGAACGUUAAUUCAAACGACAUUGCAUGCAACGGAGGGCCGAACCCAACAACACCUUCACGCAGUGUUAUAGAUGUACAAGCUGGUACAACAGUUAAAGCUCGCUGGAGACACACCCAGCAGAGUGGCCCCGAUGAUAUUAUUGACGCUAGCCAUAAAGGGCCAGUUAUGGCAUACUUAAAGAAAGUAACAAACGCUGUUACAGAUCCAGGCUAUGGGAGCGGUUGGUUUAAAAUAUCAGAGGCCGGUUUCACGAACCCAGCAGCGGGAACCUGGGCAGUCAAUGAUCUUAUUGCUGCGCUCGGCGAGCAAUCGAUCCCUAUCCCAACCUGUAUCGCGCCUGGCCAAUAUCUGUUGCGUGCCGAGAUCAUCGCGCUCCACGGAGCACGGACGUCUGGCGGAGCUCAAUUCUACAUGGAAUGCGCACAAAUUAAUAUCAGUGGUGGAACUGGCACCAAGACACCCGCUACUGUCAGCUUACCUGGCGCCUAUAAGGCCAAUGAUCCGGGAGUUAUGCUCGACAUCUACCAGAACCUCAAGUCUUAUGCCAUCCCAGGUCCACCAGUUUUCUAUUGUUAA